ACAUGGCAUGACCGGUCAUGACGCAUCCUCGUCGUCAUUGACAAGUUCUCCAAAAUGGGACACUUCAUCCCGACACACACACAGCACGCACCGAGGAGAGCACAACUCUUCGUUCGCUACAUCAUCUCACAACAUGGCAUUCCAACCACACUCAUCUCCGACCGAGACCCUAAGUUCACCAGUAAAUUCUGGAAGGAACUUAUGUCUCUGCUCGGACCAAACUCGCCAUGUCAUCCGCUACCAUCCGCAGACAGACGGACAGACCGAGCGCCUCAACCAAAUUGUGAGCAACUCCUCCGAGCAGCCUGCAAGGACGACAUCUCCAAAUGGGACUUGCAUCUGCCCGUCCUGGAGUUUGCCUACAACAAUGCUACACGCUGCUACUGGACAGACGCCGUUCUUCCUCUGCUACGGACGCCACCCACUCACACCUCAACAGCCAAACAUACCAGCCACACUACCUGGAAGAUUCACAACGCCUUCCAUGUCCAACUUCUGAAGCCCUACCGAGAUCCCAACACGU